UCUCCUGGGCUUCUGCUGUCUGCCAACCGCGGCGGCCCUGCUGGGCGGGAGCUGCCCCUCGCAGGGCUGUCUCCUGAGGAGGCCGGAGCGCCCCGGGGGGCGGUCGGUCCGGUCCGGCUCGGCCCGUGCCUGGCGCUGGCGGCGGAUCACUCUCCGUGAACCGGUGGUGUUGAAGAAACUGAAUGAAUGGAACAGUUAGGGCAGAUGGGAGCUUUGCAUUUCAUGCUCUCCGCUUGCUGCAAACAACACUGUCUCUAAGUGACUUCACAUCAUUGGAGCUGUGUGUCCUGAGGGACUCUGAAGACCUCUGAAGCUGCAAGGGCGCCAUGAUGGAUAACCGAUUCGCUACAGCGCUAGUAAUUGCUUGUGUUCUCAGCCUCAUCUCCACCAUCUAUAUGGCAGCUUCAAUUGGCACCGACUUUUGGUACGAAUACCACACCUUGUCCCCAGCUGAGAAUGUUAGUGAAGCUGGUAGGAGCAUCUGGGAGGAAUUUGUCAGCGAAGAGGCAGAUGAGAAGACCUACACAGAUGCACUCUUCCGGUGCAACGGCACGGUUGGAUUGUGGCGGAGGUGUAUCACUGUACCCAAAAACUCUCACUGGUACAGCCCACCAGAAACUGAUAUGACUACAAACUGCAUCAGUUUUUCCCUCUCUGAUCAGUUUAUGGAAAAGUACAUAGAGCCUGGAAAUCACAAUAGUGGCACGGAUUUGAAUCGUACAUAUCUCUGGCGAUUGCAGUUUCUACUGCCCUUUGUCAGCCUGGGCCUCAUGUGCUUUGGGGCUCUGAUUGGGCUCUGUGCUUGUGCCUGUCGCAGCCUUUACCCAGCCAUUGCCACUGGAGUCCUCCAUUUCCUAGCAGGGCUUUGUACACUGGGCCUCGUUGGCUGCUACGUAGCUGGGAUUGAGCUGCUCCAUAAGAAGCUGCCCCUGCCUGAUGAUGUGAGAGGUGAAUUUGGCUGGUCCUUCUGCCUCGCCUGUGUCUCAGCACCUUUGCAGUUUAUGGCAGCCGCUCUUUUCAUCUGGGCGGCUCGCACCAACAGAAAGGAAUUCACUCUCUUGAAAGCGUACCGCGUGGCAUAAGUGCUGCUGCUGAAGUACCAUGUUAUAGCCUCUUCUCUCCCCAACCCUUACUACUUUUUUCUUUUAGUCAGAAUUUUACCUUGUACUGCGUGCUUCUUGCCAGUUGAGACAAUUUAGCGUGCAGGCCCUGAAGACAAAGACCUCUGGGCUAGAUGACUAAACUCUGCCAGAAGUCUGCAGAACUUGAACAGGGGUUUUUAAAUUGUUGGUUUUUUUAAGAAUUAUUAUUACUGUUAUUUUUUAAGCUUCAUUUCGUUGUUGACUAUCGCCUUGGUUAGUUGUACAUACCCCUUCCUAACUUUAUUACCCUCUCAGCCUGGAAGAAAUAGGAGUGGUGGUGUGGGGUGAAAGAGACAUAGGAAAAGAUGCAGGUAGGCAGGAGUGGGAACCUCGGUUCACAAAUAAUAAAUAAUCGGGAGCUGUCUGCUGUGUGACCCAAGCAGGCGCUACCUGCGGAGAGCACCCAAGAGACAUGGGGGAACUCAGAAACCUCUGUUAUGGAAAUACUGUAGCUAAAUCAGUUCUAUAGCUUAGCUUUGGGUCUCUUAUUCUCACUAGUUUGCUACUUUUUGUAACUUCAGCCAAAAUGGAUGCAGGCAGAGCAGCUGGCUGUGGGAGUGCCUGCACAGCACACCAUCCUGAGCACAGACUGUGCUUGCUUUUGCCAAGGAGUGGGAUAAGUUGGCCCAUGUGGAGGCUGCUUUAGCUACACUGCUUCCAGGACCCAGGCUGGUUUGGUAUCGGCACUACAUGUGAUUGUGCACUCUAAUCUUAACUUGUGGUGCUUUUGCUUGCUGUGAAAUAAGGCUUUUCUUCCUCGUUGUGUUGAAAACGACCCCUCACAAUUUUUUUCGAAUUUCAUUUAGUGUGUGUAUAUGUACAUAUAUAAACCUAACUUUUUGUAAAGCUCACCUAUUUAUCCUAUAUAGCAUACAACCGGGUUUUUUAAAAAGGUGCUGCUCUUUUCCCAACUUGCCCCAAACCUAUUGUUUAAAUGAAAUAAUAAUAAGUAAAAAAAAAAGCUCAGAAACUUUCAGCAUUGCAUGAAUCUGAUGGAAGGGUGAGGAAAUGGUGUGAAGGGAAUUUUACUCGGGGAAAGAAAAGCCAAUGUCCACAUCAUUCUCUGUUUUCAGGGAAACUUCACCAGAAACAGAUGUUGGAUUUUUUUUAAAUUAAAUUCUUGAGCUCCUGUGAACUUUAUAUUUUCUCCUGCUUAUCAUUGGGGGGCACAAAACCCCAUAAUUUCUGCACAUAUUUCUUCUAAAUCAUUGCAACUCUAGCCAGACCGGGUGGCAUGUCUUAACUAGAAAACAAUGUUCCAAGACUAAACUGUUUACUUCUGAGGCCUUAACUCCCCUCAUUUCUUUACUCCAUGCUUAAUAUUAGAAGUAUGUCUUAGAAGAAAUAAAUUUUGAAAAAAUGAGUAAGUCUGUGAUGGCAAAGAUCCUGUGAGAUACUGUUAAUGAGAAUGACACAGAAAUAGACAUUUUUAUCUCUCAUCUGUUUUCAUAUUUUCGUUUGUGCCUUUUGUUAUUUUUUCAGUAGGUGCUUCUACCCAGGUUGGGUUUGCUGGAUCAGCAAACAGCCCUAGUCACAAGUUCCGUGAAGAUCAGGGAUAUCUGCUAGUAUCAUUUCUUUAUUUUUUUUAUCGUGUGUGAUAAGGAUCAAACAACUUCUCCCUUUAUUAUCAACGUUGGAAUCUUUACAAAAUGAAACAAGGAUGAUGAUGAAAACCAGGAUCACUGAAAAAGCAGUAGUGGGCGGUUCAAGAUAAUAAUCUUUCUCCUGCCGUUGAAUGACUUUUCACCUUUCCUCCUAAAACAACUUCUUUCCCUCUCUACAACGUCUGGGUCAGUAUUAACCCCGUGAGAGGGGAUAUGGUACUUUUGUGCAGUAUCUGAGAGUAAAUGAAGUUUGUGCUGCUGAUAUGUAUUGAUAUGAUGCUUUUUUAGAGUCAUUAGUUAUCUCUGACUUAGAUAAGGCAUAACUGCUCAGCUUGUCUUGUUCCUCAUUUAUCAGAAGUACUAGGGCAUGCAAGCCUCAGCUUGGGUCAAAAGGACUGGAAGUUACUAUUCUGCACUUUGAGAGGAAACACUGCUGGUUAUUUUAUCUAAUACAGUUUGGGUGGGUUUUUUUCUUUUUUCAGGAGCUGGCAGACUAAUCAUAUUGUGUGAUUUUAAUCUGAGCAAUGGGGAUUCUGUGCAUUUGCUCUCUACUCUUGUAUCAGACACCUGUUUUUCUGAAGUGUAAAUCUGUUUGCAAGUGUUAACACUCUUGCUUCCAAAAGGAAUGUUAUGGAGGGAAGAGGGAAUGUUAGAGGUGCUGUCAGUCGUUUCUUGAUCAUUUAACUACCAGCAAACCCAAGAUUGUCUGUGAGAUAGAUGUUUCAGUUUUUCUCUGCCCUGAAGAGAAAUUUCAUGCUGAAAUGAAGAAAACAGUCUUUAACUGAUCCUUGAUUUGGACCACGUAACUAAAAUGAGGGUCACCUUUCAGGGUUUGGGGGGAGGGGGGUAUUUUGGUUUGGGUUUUUGUGAUGUGGUUGGGUUUUUUCUUCACUCUUACGUAAAGAUUUCUUCAUCAGAAUGGAUCUCAGCGGGAGGCAGAUUUCAUAAGAAGGAGGUCUUGCCCUGUCUGUCUGGGGUGGUGGAUCUACAUAUAGCCAUCUUGCUUGGUAACUGUGUGCUUUGCUCAAGAUGUAAAGUGAGGAAGAAGAGUUCUUGGACUGCUGGCUUGGGUCCAUGAAAUGGGGUUGGAGGAUGAAAAAACAGUAGACGCUGAGGAUGGAGUAAUUCUAUAAAAGAGAGAUAGUUAAGCUCACGAACAGAUGAGACAGAUCUUGACCCAGAGCGGGUUGCACAGGAGGCCUUCCCCACUGGCAGAUCCUUGUGCCAUAUUUAGAGGCCGGCCGUGUUCAAGAGAAGCUUGAGGCCUGGGCGUAUGGUUGUGGUCGCAUACCUCUAUGCAAACGCAGACACCCUUGCUCAGAAAAGUGAAGAGUGCUCCAACUCUGCAAGAAAGCGGUGAGAUCAAAGGCUGAUUUGCGUUCCUCAGUAUCUUGUGGUCUGACCAUGGGAGGUGUUUACUGAUACUGGUUCAGUGUUGGGGGUGGAGGUAAUACAGAUACAUACAGUGAGAUCAAAGUAGAUGGGGGGGGAAGGGCUGUCCUUUUGUGUCUGUGUGCAUAGGAGGAAUGGCACACAUCUGUAACACACUUGUGUGGGCCAGUGAAAGUGAAGAGAAGGCAUAUCAAAGGAAAAGGAGAAACAAAAGAGGAGGAGGAAGAAUCCCAUCAGACUGAGAGUGAGAACUGAGGAUUCUUGACACUGUAUGGGAACAAGCUCCCAGGACUCCAGCGCGAACACCCCGUGUGGUGCUGUGUAGCCAGCAUAGCAAAGGCCAGCUGCUGCUCCUCCACCACCACUGCCUUCCUGCCCACCCAUGGCACCCUCACGGUGGAGGCAUAAGCAAGUGGGUGAAUUCUCCUCUUGUACUUAGGCGAAACCCAUUAAAGUUCUGUCCCCCGAAUCUGAGGUGGCCAAGCUGCAUUUGUCCUUCAGACAUGCCCUGAGAAAACAAUGUUUGUUCUUCACAGGGUUGGGCUUGUUUUCCUGCCAGCACUGUGAAACCUCUAGGAAAGCAGGACUAGCAGAAAGCUGCACAGAGCAAUAAAGUGUGUAGUCUAGGUAGCAGCCUUUUCUUAUUUUAACUCAAAGUGAUGUUUUCCCUGUCCUCUCCCCCCUGUUCCAAACAGGUCUGAGAAGAGGCUGGUCAGUGAAACUGCCAAGAGGGGGUUUAUUGUGGUGACUGUAAAGACAGCUCCCACUGGUUUUAGAGGAGGGAUCACUGAAAACAGGAGAAUAAUCAAUCCCAUUUUCCCUACUUUAAUAAAAAAGCAGCAUAGAGCAGACACAAAAACCUGUUUUGUUGUGUAAAGGGGACAGUUCAGCACUUAGAAGAAGAAUAUGUUGUGGCUGCAAGUGACAGCGGAAUCUUGGAUGACCCAAGAGGCCCUUCUAAAUCUGUUGUUGUGCCAGAAGUUAUGUGUAUUGAUCUACUUUUCCUUCUGGAUUGUGUGCUGGCCAGGUGGUCCUUUCCCGAUGGAAGGUCUGUUGCAGUCUUUUUGCUUUACAGUGAUAAGGAAUGCCUCCUCUCCCCUCAUCUAAAAUGCUCUGAAGUGUGUUUUGAGAAAGGUGUUCGAGGUUUUUCUUUUUUCUGUUCUUUGUCACUUCUGGUUGGCACCAAAUUACGUACCAGCUCACAGUCUGUUUCUUGCAGUGCUGUCAUAGUUCUGUGAUUCGAGGCAGUGACCUCUGAAAAGCUCUUUCCUGCUUGCUGGCAUCGUGUGUGCUCAGCCAGUACCUGCUGUUCAAAGGGAAGUUCUGAACUGUCAGCAUCUUGUCAUCGUUGUAUCUUGGGCUGAUUGUCCACCUCUCUCUGUGUGUAUUUCCAGCUUGAGUAGAUUGUGUAUCUUAACAGAGAGAGGAUAACAUCUUGAGGCUGCUGCGGCCCCCCUCCCCCCGUUUCCUCAGGAAUAACUAGAGUUUUGAGCUAUUGAGCUUUUUAUAACCUGGUUUCUAAUAGGAAAGGAUCGAAAGUUUGUGUGUGUACUACUAACUCUCCCGUUGCUGCAGAAUGUUAUUCCUGCCCUAUAUUUUUAAACUACAAGUUUCAAGACUACGGAGUGCAAAGUGAAGCCUUUGUUCAAGUUGGGAUUCAGGUAUGGCAGUGGAAGAAUGGAUACUCCGUAACUGGAAGCCUGGAUGGGUGUCGGGAUAUGACAAUAGCAGCCAUAAGUAUAAUUUUGCAUAACUAGCGCAUGUCUGCCUAGUGAUGCAUGCCAAACCUCGAUACAAACCAAGGACCACUGGAAAAAAUCUGAGAGCAAUAACGUGUUCUACUCCUGUCUCUCCUCCUCCCUUCUAAAAUCACCAUUAAAAAAAAUAACCAUAGGGACAGCGGUUUAUUUAUUGGUCAGGUUAGAGCAAUGAGUGUCAGAUGUCUCUGUGCUCUGUGACUUCUGUGUACAGACCAGGGUGAAAAUGAGAAUUGAUUUUUGCAGAGGAUCCAGGCAUCUCUCUAGCCUUGGGUUUUCCAAGGUGAAGAUUGAAAGUUUUCAAAAAAACUAGAACAUUUUGUUUAAUAAAAAUUCAUUAUUAUUACUUAAUAAGAACCCUCCUAAAAAAAAAAUAGUGGGUUUUUUUUUUAUAGGCGGCUUUAUUUUCCCAGCUUUCUCAAGUCUUUCAUCUGCCUUUUUUUAACUGUGUCUUAUAUUAAAUGGUUUUAGAAUGUUAUCUUUUUUAGGUUGAAGUUUACAAAGAAGAUAAUCUGUUGUAUUUUGUAUCUUUGUCACUGAAAAGGAAACCUGUACGUAUGUAACUUCUCAGUGGACCUACCCAUUACAUUUGUAAUUUGGACUAGUUCUCAAUAUCAGACAUGCAUUUUUUUCUAAAAUUUUGGAGUACCUAUUAAAACAAAGGUUGAUCCAAACAUCUUUAAUAGCCUUUCAAAAAAGUAAAUAACGGGGAAGUCUUUCCAGAGCACUGCAGGACUCCUCCUAACUCCUUGUUAUGACCUACCACAUGUCUGGACCUUUACAAUCAGUCCUUUUUCCACCCAGCUUCCACAGCUGAAUGCGUGUGAGUAUGUUUUGCCGCAUGUUAACUUGAUUGAGCCGUGGUUGAGGACCAUUCCCCGUUGUAAGUUCACCUUUUAUCCUCAUGAUAAAGGGGUUGAUACUACAACGCCCCUGUUGUUACAGAGAUGGAAAAACCCUGUGAAGGUCUCCGGAAGAACCAUCCGGUUCGCUGGCUGCCCGGAGGAACCAGGGCAGAGCGCAGGGAGGAGCGCAGCUGCCCAUACGGCUCCAUCACGUUUCUGUACCCACCAGCUCAGCGGUGGAGACUUGUGUUAGCUGUGUUAGUGUUGGGUGUCCUUCGCACGGGGUCAGGUGAGCCCAGCCGUGCCGUGCCGUGAGUAUACUCGUGGGCUAAGCUCCCAAAUCAAUACUGCACUCAAUCACAGGUUUUUUCCUUCCUUUGAGGCCAAGUACAGCUUGUACCUUUAGCUAAUUUGAUUCUUUGGGAGAUUCCUCCCGCAGAGUCUGGUAGCUGACACUGUUGGCUAGCUGCCCUUGGCAGUACCUUUUUACAUUGAAUGGGUUUUAUGUAAAUUCACCAAGAAAUCUCAUUAUCGGAGGAUUUGCCUGUGGCUAACACGUGUAAAGAGUGUCAAAGCUGACUGUGUGAUACGUUGCUGACAGUCUGAUGUGUUUAUGCUGAUGUUGAUUUAAUUGUUGAUUGAAUCCACCAUUUCCUCACCGAAGUGAUGUGUGUUUUGGAGGGUGGGCUGGCUGACACCAGGAGCGGGCUGCAGUAGCAGUGCAGAGCGGGUGCUAAUUUUCUGUGAUGCCUCAGCUCUGCCAGAGCCUUCCUGCCUAUGGGUGAUACCGAUAGCAGACGCCGGAGAACAGGUUCCACGGCCUCUCCAAAUCCUUCCUGGCUCUCAGCCCUGCACUGGACCGUGCUCCCUUACCACUGCUGAUUCCCCAAUUUAAACAAACUACUUGUGGGGGUGAUUUUUGUGAUCCCAGUUCCUUACUCGAGUCAUUUCUCCAACCCUUGUUAAAUUGCUUUGGUUGAGAAAGGGGUGAGGGUUGUCUUCACCAGAAAUAAGCUCUGCUUUCUGGGGCUGUGGCAGUCGUUUCUCUUGCAAACAAAUCCCUUUUGCCUUGCACUCAAGUGACCCAUUUAACUAGCUAGCUUUGAUUUGCAUUUUGAUGUUUACUUCCACACAAAACAGCAGCAGCAGUGAUAUAAAACCACAGUGUCUGCCUAGUGCUAGAACUGCUUGGGUUCACUAAAGGUCUUUGAGUUCUGGAAAGUGAUAAACCAGCCACAAUGAGGACAUCAUGAGUGGUGUCAGUAGCGAGAUGCAGCUGGCAGAGUCACCCCUGCCUCCCAGUGCUAAACUGGGAGGUGAGGCAGGAGGAGCUGGUGAGCGGGGCACGGGCUGCAGUGGGAAAUGAGCAGACCCUGAGGGUGGGCUGCGGGUUCUGGAGCAGCUUCACCAUCCUGCUGGAGCCACUGCAGUGGCUCAGGAACAGUGCUCAGAGGACUGGAUCAGCUGUGGGAGGGACAGCAUGGACAUACUGGGUGAGGUUCCCCAGCGGGCCUGGUGUUGAAGAGGCGGCUGUAGCAGCCAGGGCGGUCCUCCGUCAGGAGCACAAAGCGUGUAGCAUUACGGGAAAGGAAGCCAAAACUGUUCUGGAGCAGAGGUGUGUUUUACCUCCAGCCACCUCAGUGAGCUGACAGGAGUGUCAUCAUGCAGGUGAUAGACUUGUUAUUCCCCUUCCAUGUCUCCUCGCUUCCUUCUCCCAGCUCCUACGCUGAUUCUCCCCUCUCUUUCAUGGCCUUUUUAACCACAAUAAAUAAACCAGCUACUCACUUUAGAGUGAAUUGGGCCAUACUCAGAGGACCUUAAUUCUGUCCACAUCCCUGUUACACACCCAGUUGGGUGCGCCUGGAAGCCUGAAGCCAGCUCAUUGGAAAUGCUAGGCACAGGAACGUUUGUUAGGGCAUGCAGCUAUGGCCAUGAACACCUUUAGAGUGCUGGCACCCCUUUUUAAUGUGGCCUAGAUGCUGUUGGCUCUGCUCUGCCAGAUGCUCAGUUUAUGGUUUAAAUUGUCUGCAUCCAGUGUUUACAGAAUGAGAAAUAAGACCUUAAUUUGCAGUAAAAGAUUUACAUAGUACAGUCUGGGCUAAAGGAGCUCUUGUUCCUGCCAGCUGUCUGCUUCUGUUCUGCUCCCUGUCCUGGGUCAUCUUCACCCCAGGAGAUGCCAGUAGGGAGCUGAUAGUUCCUUGAUAUCAGGACAUUGUUUGUGUUCAACAAGCUGGCAAGGCAACAGGGAUCAACUGAUGGAGCAAGAAAACCCCUGUGGUGCCAUCAUGCACGAUGCCAAGAUUCUGGUCUAGAGGUAAAGACAGAUUGGGGGGAAUUUUUCCACCCAUUUUUCAGAGGCUGUAUCAUAUAUUCAGCUCAGGUUUUUCCUUUAUUGCUAGUAAUUUUUAGAUUAACUGCCAGAGUUUCUAGAAAUUAUAGGAGUCACCUUUGUCUUCUCACUGAAAAGGAAGAUUUCUAACAAAGAUGUCACUGAUUUCAAGCUCCCCAGCCCAACAGAAAACCCUGAGGGUUAUUUGAAGCAGUGAGAAAUAAGUGGGACAAAGAAGGUCACGAUAAUGAAGAAUCAGGAAGGUGAAUUUCAGACAAAGGUCAUGUUUUCUGUAGGUUUCUUAUUCUGGGAUGUAGUAACUUGGGUUAUGCAUGAAAGAUGCAGGAAAUACUUGUCCUUCACUUUGCUGUGUUCAGCCUUAGCCAGCAUUGUGUGUUGAAGUUGUAGAUGGUUGGGGGUAUCCUGAGAGGAGUGGACAGCACCUCUAGAAUGUUUAGAAACCAUAAACUUCAAGGCAGGGAGCAAUGGAGCCAUUAUGUAGAAAGAAAGACUUUUGAGUGGGGCAAGUAACUUUUUUUACGAAAGGAAUUGCUAUAGACAAUGGCUGGUAGUUCUCCACAUCCACUGGUGAUAGGACAAGAGGUAACCAGCUUAGUUUGUAGUAAAGGAGAACUAAGCUGAUGGACAGAAAAAAAGUGUUUUGGUCUAGGUAUGCUUCAUCCUGAGCUAGAUGAUUAUUUAUCAUUUCAACCCUACACUUACAUUCCCAAGGGCUGAUCUGCUGAGUGUUACCGAGAGACACCGUUUCUGAGGGACUUUCUUGGCUUAUUCUGUCACAGAAUUAUUUCUAAAAUACAAAUACCAAUAAAGGUAACUGAACAUGGACCCUCAAAUGCUGUGAAAUUUGGUGAAGAUCCGAUUACUUAUACCUGAGACACUGGCUCAAGGAGUCUUCUGAAAAGUCACUUACAUCGAUUUUCCAAAAAUGUUCUUAGAUUAUAUUUAUUUGAACUGUGUUUAGUUUGGGGGUUAUUUAAUUUUCAUUGAGACAAGCCUGAGGAAACUUAAUGUCUAUAUGAUUAUUGUCCUUCCUUCUCCUUUAUAACUUUAGAAUCUUGGCUUGUUCAAGCCAGAGUUGCUGAAAUACUGAUUCUUAGAAGUUUCCUUUAAAGAGGCCUCAUAGAGGACAGGGACUCUGCUAUGUGUCCGCUGCAGGAGGCAUCGCCAUCCAAGUGCAUCCUGAGCAAAAUAGUGUUACAGUUCAUGGUCAUCUUACCCUUUUUUUUUUCUUUUUCUUUUUUUUUUUUUUAAAUUGAUAUCACUUAUACAAUGAAUGAGAGGUAUUAUGUAUCUUAUCUUCUUUAUGUGAUGCGCUGAAGCCUUAUGACUUCUUUAGGUGAUUUUGGAAUGGAUGAAUGAAAGGCACUGGGACUUGCUCCUCCUGGUUUUAGAACAAACAAAAUGACCAGCCUUGAAAUCCUGUGGAUGCUCGAAUGAUGCCGCACAGAUCUGGUCCGUAAAAUUCACUCGUGUAUAUAUAACUGGUUUGAACCUUGGUGUGGUGUUUUAAGGAAUUCUGUUGGUGUAACGAAGCAGCGCUGAUUUACUCUCUAUGAUACAUCUCGGAUUAGAUUCCUGCCCCGUUGAUGGCACUUCUUGUAGGAACGAAGUGAGACCACAGAUGGUAUUUGUAUCCCAGAACUUGCAGUCUUUUAGACAUUGAUGAAUUAGUUCAUAGGGAGUGAUGUAAAAAAAUUGUCAUAAGUAGGGAAAUAAAGACAGAUGUUUGAUGUGCAGUGACAUUUUUUAUAUUUGUUAUGCUGAGUCAGGCUGAAAUCAAAGAGGUCAGAAGAAGGCAUCAGAAGUUAGAGAUGACAGAACUCGGCAAAAACAAGGUUUAGAAAAUUAAGUCUGAACUGCAACCAAUAAAACUGAUAUUUCUUCUGGCCUUCCAGGAAAGAAGACAGCUUCAUAUUAGUGAUACAUUCAUAACUGUUCUGAGACGGUAUCCUUCUUCAGCUUGCUCACACAGAAGUACUCAUGAGCUGAUUGCCCAAAAACUUUGAAAUUUACCUCUGAAAAUGAAGGUAGUUAAGUAAGCUUUCUUCCUUGAUACUGAUUUCUAAGACAGAAUUAAUUAUCUUUCAAAUAGGAAAUAAUUGUUUCUCAUCAUACUGUUCUAACAAUUGAUUCUGCCCUACUUGAGUUGAUUGUGUCUUACCAGAGGGGCUUUGUGCUUGAACUCACCUUUGUUCUCUGUGUCUUUAUUUUUUAAGUAAAGUUUUUUCUACAACUGGCUUCU